AUGACUGUUUCACGUGAAGACUCUGUUUAUCUUGCCAAAUUGGCCGAGCAAGCUGAGAGAUAUGAAGAAAUGGUUGAGAAUAUGAAGGCAGUUGCUUCUUCAGGUCAAGAAUUAUCAGUUGAGGAGCGUAAUUUAUUAUCAGUUGCUUAUAAGAAUGUGAUUGGUGCGCGUCGUGCAUCAUGGAGAAUUGUUUCAUCGAUUGAGCAAAAGGAGGAAUCCAAGGGCAAUGAGCAACAAGUUGCUUUGAUUAGAGACUACCGUGCUAAGAUUGAGGCUGAAUUAUCCAAGAUUUGUGAAGAUAUUCUUUCAGUUUUAAGUGACCAUUUAAUCUCAUCAGCUCAAACUGGUGAGUCUAAGGUGUUUUACUACAAGAUGAAGGGAGACUAUCACAGGUAUUUGGCCGAGUUUGCUACAGCUGAUAAGAGAAAGGAAGCUGCUGAUUUGUCAUUGGAAGCUUAUAAAGCUGCCUCAGAAGUUGCUGUAACUGAAUUACCACCAACCCAUCCAAUUAGAUUAGGAUUAGCUUUGAACUUUUCGGUGUUUUAUUAUGAGAUUAUGAACUCACCUGAUAGAGCCUGUCAUUUGGCUAAACAAGCAUUUGAUGAUGCAGUAGCCGAUUUGGAAACCUUAUCUGAAGAUUCAUACAAGGAUUCUACAUUGAUUAUGCAAUUAUUAAGAGAUAACUUGACUUUAUGGACCGACUUAUCAGAGGCACCCCCAAAUGAAGAACAACAACAUCAGCAACAACAGCAACAGCAACAGCAGCAGCAACCAGCACAACAACCAGCACAACAACAACCAGCAGCACAACAACAACAACAACAAUCAGUAGCACCAGCUGCCUCUGCUCAUCAAUCUUCAGAAAAUAAGUCUGAACAAGAAUAG